GUCUACAUACUAGUGCACCAUAGAUGAGUCGCAUUGUUAACAAAUUAUUAAGAACUCAAAGAAAUCUAGUCAUUGUAUUACUUCAUCGAAUUUAAGGUACCAACUGAUGAAAUAUUAUAUAAUAUAAAUAAUAAUAAUAAUAAACUGAUUUGGUAAUUACAACAUGAAAUCAAAAUUUAAUGCUGAGAACAUUGCACGAAGGAAAGUGACAGUAUAUGUUACAAAGUGGCAAAAACAAACCUGAGUGUUUGGUAGAUUCUGACCGGUACUGACCAAAGCAGAGAAAAACCAGUCUCUUACUAAGAUGGUCUUGGAAUAUUAGGAAUAACAAAUGGUCCAUUUAACUUUUUUCCAUAAAAUCAGAUUUGCAUAAACCACUUUUUGAAUGCUUUACAUGCUCUAAUUAAACGAAUGGUUUUCAAAAUUCAAAUAAUUUCAACAACAAGACAAAAAAAGAAAAAAGAAAAAAAAAACUACUGAUUAGUAUCUCUAUCCGUCCCAACCAUAUAAUAAAUAAUUCUCAUUUUCUCACAAAGCUUCAAGCUAAUUAAACUGCUUGGAACCUUGCUUUUUAAUCAUCAUCACCGUCAUCAAUUCAAGAAAUAGCUUUCUCUCAGAAUUGCUAAUGGCUCAUCAACGUUAUCAUCAUCUUCACCUUCAUCUUCUACUUCUUCUUCUUCUUCGUGUUCUUACUCUAUCCCCAUUUUUCCUCCAACUCUCUAAGCUUGUUGCAGCAGAAAACAACAAUCUGAUAGCAAUUGUUUGCCAUGUAGCUGAGGUACCUGAAAGCUGCAUUCAGUGCCUUAAAUCCGACCCUCAUUCUGAAAUUGCUGAUGAAGUAGGAAUUGCCAUCAUUCUAAUGAACUGUCUAACCGACCAUAUUGAUGCAUUGGAAAACAACAUGUCAAAGAUUGCUGCCGUUUCUAAAGACAAAUCUACAGUGAAUCUUUUUCAAAAUUGCAGCAAAGACUAUGCCACUGCAAGGAAAUAUCUGAAUUCAGCCAUUACCAGCUUGAAAAGUGGUAAGUAUGAUGCAGCCGAAACUUCUGUGACUCUGGCUUUGAAGUUUGAUACUGAUUGUCACUUCAAAAUUGUGAGCUUCAAGAAGAAAAUUUCACAUAAAAUUGCUUUUGAGAUUAAGCUUUUUGAAGAUCUGUGUCAGGCUGCUAAUAGAAUCAUUGAACGACUCUAAUGGUGAUUAUUAUUGAAGUUCUAGUUAUUUGCUGUUUGGCUCGUCAACCAUGACUGACAUGGUCCUGUUUGUGUGUUUUUGUACAAGAUGAGUGAAAAAUAAAAAUAAUCUUUUAUGCUGCAUUAUAAUUUAAUUACUAGCAC